AUCAAUGAAGAUAAUUUAAAAAAGAUUAUUAAAAUUAUAGAAAUACAAAAUACACAAAUAAAAUUUAUAAAAGAAGUUAUUGGUAUAGAUGAUAUUUUGUGUCCUUUGUUUAACAAGACAUGUGAUACUAUUAAUACAUUUCUUGAUGAUGUUAAGAAUAAGUUUAACAAAUAA